AUGAAGACCCUCCAUGACGCUCCAACCAAGGAUAAGAAGAUCUUCCCAGCUGUGAGGAACUGCAGAAAGGCUCAACUAAAGGGCUGUGGACUCUCAGAGACUCACUGUGAAGUUGUGGCCUCAGCUCUGAAGUCCAAUCCUCAUCUGACAGAUCUGGACCUGAGUAACAACAAACUGUCUGAUUCAUCAGUGAAGCGUCUGUCUGCUGGACUGGAGAGUCCAAACUGUAGACUGAAGACUCUGAGAUUGUGGUGCUGCAGGUUGUCAAAGAUCAGCUGUGAUUAUCUGGCCUCAGCUCUGAAGGACAACCCCUCCCAUCUGAGAGAGCUGGAUCUGAGAGACAACAACCUGAAUUGGAAGGACUGGUGGAAGUGA